AUGUCGCCAGCCGGGCUCAAGAAGCCCCUUUUGGCGCUCAACCGCAUCAUCGGUCACUCGUCGGCCAAAAACCACAUCACCAAGAUAAAGAUCGGGAACAUCGAGGCCCUUGAUGAGGAGCGCCAGAAGAAGCAGUUGAAGAAGGCCCAGGAGCAGCUAGCCAAGGUGGACGAACGUGAGAAUGAGCGCCGCUCCAUCCAGCAGCGGCGCGUCGACGAGGAGGCAAAGGCGCUCGCCACUGACCCGCCAGAUAUUGCGGCAAGAUACGGUACCAAGCACAGCGAGGUCCUUGCCGCCAGCUCGACGUCGUUGGAGCACAUGGCCGCUAGCACCGCCGGCGUGGGCAAGACGAUCAGCUUCACGGCUCGCAUACAUCACGUGCGCCCCUUGAGCUCCAAGCUGGCCUUCAUCAUCUUCCGCGACAAGGUCGAGACCAUCCAAGGCGUUCUCGCCUACCGCGAAGGCGCCAUCUCGGAGAACUUUGUCCGCUGGGCCGAGCACUUGAACGCCGAAGGCAUCGUCCACGUCGAGGGCAAGCUGCAGGCCCCUCCCGAGCCCAUCAAGGGCUGCUCAAUCAGCAACCUCGAAGUGCUUGUAGAGGCCAUGCACCUAGUGGUGCCGGUAGACGAUCAUCUGCCCGUCGACACCUUCGCCAUCGACCAUGUCGAGGAGGACGAUAGCACGCAUCAGCUCGAGUCUCUAGCGUCCACCCGAGUCCGGGUUGCCAAUCGCAUGGCCUUCCUCAGGACCCCAACCGCGCAGUCCAUAUUCCGCAUAAACGCCGCAAUCAGCAGCAUCUUCCGCAACUUCCUCGAGAGCCGGAGCUUCAUUGAGAUCCACACCCCCAAGUUGCAGCCGGCCGCUACUGAGUCGGGCGCCGAAGUCUUCAAAGCUAAUUACUUUGGACGGACCGCCUUUCUCGCGCAGAGCCCCCAGCUGGCCAAGCAGCUGAGCAUCUCGGCCGACUUUGGCCGCGUCUUCGAGAUUGGCCCCGUGUUCCGAGCAGAGGACAGCAACACGCAUCGUCAUCUCACCGAAUACACGGGACUUGAUCUGGAGAUGGCCAUUGGCAGAGACUACCACGAGGCGCUUUCCCUGAUCGACGCCAUGAUGAAGAGCAUCUUCAAAGGCAUCUACGAGCGAUACCGAAAGGAGCUCGACAUCGUCAAGACGCGGUUCCCACACGAGGAUCUCGUCUGGCUAGAGGAGACGCCUGUUUUGACGUUCAAGGACGCCGUGGGGUUGCUCAAUGCCUCUGGCUGGACCGACGAGCACGGCCACAAGGCUUCCGAGUUCGAGGACCUCAGCACACGCGCAGAGAUACGCCUGGGAGAAGUGAUGAAGGAGAAGUACAAGACGGAUUACUACAUCAUUGACAAGUUCCCCACCUCUGCACGACCGUUUUAUGCCCAUCUCGAUCCUGAAGACGAGAGGUUCACCAACUCGUUCGACAUUUUCCUCCGGGGGCAGGAGAUUACGACGGGCGGCCAGAGGAUCCACAACCCGAACGCGCUCAAGGCCAGGAUGCAAAAAGCCGGCAUCGAGCCCAGCGGCAUGCAAGAAUACAUGCAGGGAUUCGAGUACGGCGUUCUGCCUCACGCUGGGUGCGGAAUCGGCCUGGAGAGGAUGGUGUUCCUCUUGCUGAACUUGGGCGACAUCCGCAACGCUUCCCUCUUCCCCCGUGAUCCAAAGUCUCUCCCAGAAACGAAGGAUGUCGAGGUUAAGCUCCCGCACCCUAAUGCCGACACGAUCCGGUACGCCUACGAGUUCGAGAAGGGCCGCAAGGAUCUGGUGCUUCCGCCGGUCGAGAAACUCAUCGCCAACUACGGCGACGCCACAAACACCUCGUGGCUCGACGACCGCUACCAAAUCUGGCGGCACGAGGAAAACGGGGCGGCUGUUGGCUAUGCCGAGGAGAACGGCUACGCACUCGUCAUGGGCAACCCGCUGUGCGACCCGCGGCAGUACCAGAUUGUCAUCCUGGCCUUCUUGAAGCACAUGCAAAAGACGAUGGACCUGCGUCCGCUCUGGCUGUUGGUCUCUCACGAGGUCGAAGACAUACUCGGGUCCAAGCUCGGCUGGCGCAGCCUCAGCUGCGUGGCCGAGGAGCGGGUGCAGGUCGACAGCGCCAAGAAGGUGGCCAAGAAGGAGCGGCAGGCGCAAGACGCCGGGGUCAGCAUCCACGAGCUGCCCACCGACGGGCCGGUGCCCGACGACUUCCGCGCCAGGUGCGACAAGCGCAUCGAGGACUGGAAGUCCAACCGCAAGGGGCGCACGCAGGUGCACAUCACCGAGGUGCGGCCGUGGGUCGACACGGCGCACCGGCGGUAUCUGUGGGCCGAGACGCGCGACGGCGAGAUCGCCGCGCUGUGCGUGCUGCACCGCCUGUCGCCGGCCAACGGCUACCAGAUCAAGUUCGCGCUCGACUUCCCCGGCUCGCCCAACGGCACCAUCGAGGCCCUCAUCUCGGCCGCCAUCCAGGCGCUGGCCAAGGCCGGCGUCAAGAACGUCACCUUCGGCGCCGGCGCCCUGCCCGAGAUGGUUACGGGCGGCCACAUGGACGGCAUCCGCGCCAAGAUACUCUCGCGCACCUACCGCACCGUCGCCCAGCAGCUCAAGCUCGUGCAGAAGAGCGAGUUCCGCGAGAAGUUUGGCACCCAGAACGACCUUGUCUAUAUCUGCUACCCCUUUAUGGGGCUCGGCGUGUCGGGCGCGCGCACCCUGAUCAAGUUCUUUGAGGACGAGAUGUGA